AUGGCGUUCGAGCGUCUCAUCCGUCGGUCGAGCCGUCUCGCCGCCAAUCUCAGGACCAAUCGUAACCUCGGUUACGCCACCUCGACACUUGGACGCUCGACCCUCCAGUGCUACCAGAGACCGCCAGUCGCUCAUCAGCUGCGUUGCCACAGCACCCAAUCGAAUGUCAACAGUAAAACUGCCCAACCAGAGUCGUUCGACGACCCUGAGCAGCGCAUACUGGCCAAGGCGAUGGAACAUGUACCAAUUCACGGAUGGACUGUAAAUGCUCUAGCAGCUGGUGCCAAGGACCUCGGGUAUCCGUCCGUAGCUCACGGAAUGUUCUCGCGCGGACCAAUUGAGCUGGUGAAGUAUUUCAUGGACUCAAGUCUGGCCAAGCUGCGCGAGACGUUGAUUCGUCACACGAGCCAGCUGCAGGCUAUGACUGUGGCAGAACGGAUCAAAUUUGGUGCUCGUACGCGUCUCGAGAUGUUGGCGCCGCUCAUCGGUUCGUGGCCGCAAGGAAUGGCGCUUGGUGCAUUGCCACAGAACGCUCCUAGCACGGCCAAGAAACUGGCCCAGCUGUCGGAUGAGAUCUGGUACUUUGCUGGUGACAAGUCGACGGACUUUUCAUGGUACACGAAGCGUGCGAUUCUCACUGGCAUUCAUGCGAGCACGGAGCUUUUUAUGCUGAAUGACAAGUCGCCGGGCUUUCAGGACACGUGGGCGUUUUUGGACCGCCGGGUGGACGAAACAAUCCAACUUGGGGAGUUGCCCCAGAAUCUAAAUGACGUGCUAGGCAUGGCUACUAUCGGACUACAGUCUAUGUUCUCAGCUGCGACGUCGCUCGCAGGCCCGUUGGCCGAGCAGGUUAUCGCAAGCACGCCUCUGAGUCGUCUUCCGAACCCGAUUUCGACCAUGGGAAGUGUGAUUCCACCCUCAAUUGUGUCGGCUGUUGCAUCUGGAUUGCCGUUUGGCGCCACAACUUCUACAGGAAGUAUACCAACAGGUGAUGAUGCUGCUGGGGCUUUCGAGUCGAAGGAUCUAAAGGAGCUCAACGAAGAGCUGGAAAAGCUGGGUGGCAUGGAUGCAAGCCAGCGGCCGAUCUAA